CCUCUACAAACUGACGGCGGUUAUUGCCAGUUAAAAAAAAGAAAGACAACAUUUUUUACCCAACAACUGACGACUUUUACUGCCACUGAGAUCAGCAACAAACACCCAUUUGUCCACUCUGGACAAAUCUCCCACCGUCCAUCUCCACUGUCCACUCUUCGCCCACAAUAAAGUCAUCUCUUUUUCCUCACCAAACCUUUCCCUUUCCACUUUUUUCUCUUCUCUCUUCGUUUGUGAAAUUUAUUCCCAUUAGCUUCUGCGUCACGUUCAAGCCUUUUGGAAUUUUGUAAUUGAACUUCAAAACCACACCCUUUUACAUUUUUCUUCUCUGUUUUCAUUAAAAAAAAAAUGGAGGGUGGUGUUCAGGAGGAGGAGCGGUUUGGAACAGCAUACACCGGCGUACCACCGCAUAAAGGAGUCAAUUUUAAGGAUGUUGUUCGUGAAUUCAUGAGGGGAUUGCUUGAGAUGAGCGUGGAAUUCGGGAGAGGGUGUAAAGAUGUGGUGCAGCAGAGUUUGGUGACAGAGGAUUCGUUUUUAGUAAGGAAUUUUGGUAAGGAUUCUUACAUAGGUAAAAAAAUUAAGGUUCCUUGCGACAACGUUUUGAGGAGAUUAAGGUUGUUUAAUGAGUACUUGGUUCCUGAAGAUAAAGAUCCGUUUCAUGCAUGGUCUGUGAUCUUGUUCGUCUUUGUUCUUGCUCUUGCAGUCUUGAUUGUAAUUACAGAACGUGAUACUGCCAUCUCAGUGGCAAAGAAAGUGUACAUACAUCCUCCUAGUGCUGAUCGCGUAAUGCUACCAGAUGGUAGAUAUAUGGCAUAUAGAGAGCAAGGCGUUACAGCUGACAGAGCUAGAUUUUCAAUGAUCACUCCACAUUCAUUUCUUUCUUCCCGACUUGCAGGGAUUCCUGGACUUAAGGCUUCACUACUAGAAGAGUUUGGUGUGCGCUUGUUAACAUAUGAUCUUCCAGGUUUUGGUGAGAGUGAUCCUCACCCCAAGCGGAACCUUGAGUCAUCAGCAUCAGAUAUGUUGUUCUUAGCAAAUGCUCUCGGUGUUAGUGACAAGUUCUGGGUAAUUGGAUACUCAAGUGGUAGCCUGCAUGCUUGGGCUGCUCUCAAAUAUAUUCCUGAUAGACUUGCAGGUGCAGCUAUGUUUGCUCCAAUGGUUAAUCCCUAUGAUUCACUGAUGAAUAGGGGAGAAAAAUAUGGUACAUGGGAAAAGUGGACUCGAAAGAGGAAAUUUAUGUACUUUUUGGCUCGAAGAUUUCCUAGAUCUCUAUCUUACUUCUACCGGCGAAGCUUCCUCUCUGGAAAGCAUGGUCAGAUUGAUCAAUGGCUAGCAUUGACACUGGGAAGGAGGGAUAGGGCUUUGAUAGAAGACCCUAUCUAUGAAGAAUUCUGGCAAAGGGAUGUUGAAGAAUCAAUCCGACAAGGAAAUGCAAAACCUUUUGCGGAGGAAGCUGUAUUGCAAGUCUCAAACUGGGGUUUCAGCCUUGCAGACCUCAAUUUGCGGAAGAAACAGCGAGGGAAAGGCAUUCUCAAUUUGAUUAAGUUUUUAUUUAGUGGAUCUGAGGAAGAAUAUACUGGUUUCCUUGGUCCAAUACACAUAUGGCAGGGGAUGGAUGACAAAGUGGUCCCACCUUCGAUGACUGAUUUUGUUCAUAGGGUUCUCCCAGGGGCUGCUGUGCAUAAACUCCCGUACGAGGGUCAUUUUACGUAUUUCUAUUUUUGUGAUGAAUGCCAUAGACAGAUAUUUACCACACUUUUUGGAACUCCACACGGCCCUCUCAGUAAUACCAUGGAAGUAGAACAAACUUCAUUUGAUGAUAUGGAAGUGCAAGAAGAAGAGGUAACUGAGGGUGAUCUUAAGACAGAUUGAGAUAUCAAAAUUUCUAUAAAUAAUAGGUUUGACGUAGGUGUAUAUAAUAUAGGCUCAUUCUAUUCCUUGUGGUAAAAAAGUUAAAAGAAUAAAUUUUCUAAUUUUUGUUUUGUCAGUCGGAUUGAGAAACUUUAUGGAUGUUGGCUACAAAAAAAAUAAUCAAGAAUAGGUGAUUUGUUCUGAUUCGCAUUACUUGCUCUCAAUUUAAUCUGCAAACUGUAGUUUAUUCUCGUGAUUGUGUGGAACGAUCAAUUGACACCAAGGGCUUCUUUUUGCCUCAGUUUCUUAAACUGCUGUUUAAAAUUUUUGCAACAAGCUGUGACCACAGUUUAAAUUUAUGAGAAACUGGAGUGACUUCUAAUACUGCAAAACAAACUAGUUUCGACUAUGCAUGGUGCAUUUGGGAAUUUUCCUGUUUUUUUUCUACUGUUAAUAUCUUCCGUGAGGCUAUGUUUGCAGGGAAGAAAAGUAGAAAGAUGGAAAACUGUUGUAAUGAAGUAAAUUGUGCCAUACGGUAAAGGGAAGGGAAGUGGUAUGCAUUAAUCAUCGAAGCUGCUUUGAGAUCAUUUAUGGUCGAUUGCUUGUAUCAGAGUAUGAGUCUCUAAAAUGCCUGUUAUGAUGUAUGUCAUACAUGCACCAACAUAACAAAAUACCGGCUGAAGCUGAUUGGAAUCAUGUUGUUAACUUUACCUUGUUACUUGUGAUGGAAGGCAUCAACA